AUGGCUGUCAUCCAAGCAAAAUGGACCAAGAUCAUCGAUGCGGAGAUUCUGCAACGGUCCUCCCAAGUUGUCUCUGUCGUUAAUAGACAGGUUCACAUCUUUGGCGGGGAGUUGCGGCCGCGUGAACCCCGCGAUAACAACGUCCAUAUUGUUGCCCUUGAUGAUCCUACAACUCUAUCCUCCAACCCACCAACCGACCAGUCCCCCUCACCCCGAGUAGGAACCACAUCAGCCACCGUCAAUGGCAAAAUCUACAUCUUCUCAGGAAGAGGAGGCACUGCAAUGGCCCCGAUAGAAGAAAGCGGCGCAAUGUGGGAAUUCGAUCCCAGCACAGAGAGAUGGUCUCUUCUAGCACCCGAGUCAAACACAUCUGUCCCAGCGGCACGCAGCUACCACUGCACAGCCAGCGACGGUAACGACACUGUGUUCAUCCACGCAGGAUGUCCCGAGAAGGGCCGCCUAUCGGACCUGUGGGCGUUCAGUGUAUCCCGGAAACAGUGGACUGAACUCGCUGCAGCACCUGAGCCGCCGCGCGGUGGGGCGUCUAUUGCGUAUACGGGGGACAGGCUAUAUCGGAUGAAUGGAUUUGAUGGGCAGCAUGAGCAGGGCGGUAGGGUUGAUAUUUAUGACCCUGGUGCCAACUUAUGGAGCUCGCACUCGUUUGGUCCGGAUGGUGAGACUGGGCCAUCGCCGCGUAGUGUGGCAGCGCUGCUUCCUGUUGUUGUUUUAGGUCGGGUUUGUUUGGUUACCCUGUUCGGCGAACGGGAUCCUAGUUCCUUGGGGCAUCAGGGUGCGGGCAAGAUGUUAGGUGAUGUGUGGGUGUUUGAUGUCGAGAGCAAGGUAUGGACCAAGGUUGAAACACAGGGGGACAAGCGCCCUGAGCCACGAGGUUGGUUUGAUGCAGAUGUGCUUGAUGCUAGCAGUAUUGUGGUUCAUGGCGGGCUGGGAGAAGCGAAUCAGCGGCUGGGUGACGUUUGGACUCUCGACCUUUCCUAG